AUGGGUUCUAAGGGCAUCAAACUCAUUGCCCUUUUGCUUCUCCUGAACCUUAUAUGCUUUACUUUCGUAAGUGCCUGUCAUGACAAAGAUUGCUCAAAAAAGCCAAAGAAGCCUAAGAAGCAACAUAAGGAGAAGGAAAAACAUCACCCUAAACCUAAACCAUGCCCGGAAACUCCGGGUUCUUCACCCGGGACUCCCAACUCCUCACCUGGAACUCCUGGUUCUUCAGCCGGAACUCCCAACUCCUCACCUGGAACUCCUGCAGGUUCUUCACCCGGGACUGGAACUCCUGGUUCCUCACCCGGAACUCCCGGUUCUUCACCCGGGACUCCCAACUCCUCACCCGGAACUCCUGGUUCUUCACCCGGAACUCCCAACUCUCCAAAACCAGGAUGUCCAGAAACUCCUCCAAAACCUCAAACCCCAAAGCCAGCUCCAACUCCCGAUGCACAUUGCCCAAUUGAUACCCUAGAUCUUGCAGCGUGUGCUAAUGUGCUUGGUAUACUUAACCUGAACAUUGGAUCUCAAAGCUGCUGCUCUCUUCUCGAUGGCCUUGUUGACCUUCAAGCUGCCGUUUGCCUUUGCACUACAGUCAACCUCAACGUUGGCGGCAUUAUCAACUUAAGUCUUCCAAUUGACCUCAGUCUUCUCCUUAAUGAUUGCGGCAAAACCUGGCCCAAAAAUUUCAAGUGCCCUAAUUAA